AAUGCCUAAUGGUACUGAAUUACCUACUGAAUUUUGACCAUUGGUUUUGUUUUGACUUUUGACGUACAUGAAUCAUGAUGUAAAAAAGGUUAAGAGUAAAUGUUAAUGUAAUAUUUUUUCCUGUGAAUUAAGAUUGGACCUUGUACUGUUCAACCUAAUUAAAUUACACAAUACCGUGGUUAAGUAAAAAUCACAAGCGAGAAUUUUACAAAUAAAGUUUAAAAAUUGGCAAAAUUUAAUAGUGUUUCAAGAAAAUUAUAAAAACUUUUAUUUAAUUACAAUGGAAUUUAAAGAAGAGCUGGUCAAAGUUCCCUGGGGGAAUGUUGCAACGCUAUCAUGCGGCAACCCCAAAGGCGAGAAAGUGUUGCUAGUACACGGCCGGCUGGACAGUGCUGCCACAUACAUACCGUUACUGCGGAUACUGCCGAAAAAGUAUUGCUAUGUUGGGUUUGAUAUGCCUGGCAAUGGGAAGUCAGAUCCGUUCCCUAAAGGUACAAUUCUUUCUCGCUUCAUCGGCGUGGUUGUGAUAGAUUUGAUCGUAAAGCAUCUGGGCUGGAAGAAGUUUAUCUACUUCGGACACUCCUUGGGAGCUGAACAGGGCAUGUUCUACUCAGCAAUUUAUCCGAAACACAUAAAGAAGGCAAUUUUCCUCGAUCCUGGACCAUCCAUAAACUGGUGUAAAGACGUCAACUAUCCAGUAUUCUUCAAGGAAACAUAUGAAAAUUUCUAUGAUAAUUGUCACAAGUAUGAUUAUGAGAAGGAAUAUACAAUGGAGGAAGCGAUAAAAGCCGUGAGGAAUAAUCGAGCGUUGAAUGAGGAACAAGCUAAGAUGAUAUUGUCCAGGAAUCUUAUAGAAACUGGUCCGGAUACUUAUAAAUUGUCAUGGGACAGGCGAUAUAAGAAUUUGGCAACCUUCAACGCACCCCCCGAGUACUAUUACGAACUAUUCACACUACACCCCCCACCCUCCCUACUUAUCUGUUCCAUAGACUUAAAACCCUUUUUCUAUUCAAAGAAAAGUGUAACAACAAAUUUAAUUAAUAUUUGGGAGGAAAAGUGCAAAAAUGUCAAAACGAUUUGGGUUGAGGGAACUCAUGAUUUACAUUUUACUAGAGCGGAGAAAUUUAUAGAUGAUGUUUUAGAGUUUUUAGAGAAGCCAAUCGUUAAAGCUAAGAUUUAGAACAAUUACGGGUAAAAACGUGUGUGCCGAGCACACGUGUCUGAAGUGAAACUUUUGCAAGAUUCAAAGAUGCCAAAAUCGGUUACUCCAUGGCGUGUCGGUAUUGCCAUGAUGCGACCUUGAAAUUUUACUCUCAACGCGCCUAAAUAAGUUUCACUUCAAUAUGUGAUAUUAUGAAAAUGUUACUUAAAAGAGGGUU